AUGCACGUGAAAGCUCAUAGGCUGUCAGUGCUAGUAGGGAUUGUUUCCAUCAUCACCCUAAAAGUGGCAUAUGAGUGUUAUAUUUGCGUGAUCCGUGCCAGAGUGAUCAAUUUUCCCCAGGCCUGGAGGACCAUUCCUUGCAUCUGACUGUCCUCAAUAGUGUGGUCAGGAGCAUCUCUCCUGGGCUGGAAUAACCACAUCCUGGACAUGCAUGGACCAGGCUGCACUGGGGACUGGCCAUCCAAGGACACCUGCCACUCCUCCUUUGUGUUUGUUUCUUGGCUGCCUGAUGGUGUCAUUGCUCACUGUUACGGCCAUAUUCUGUUUUCCUUUUAAAGAGCCCUCUUGCAGCUCUUAUGUUUCUAACUGAUGAGAUGCCAGAUACCGGCUUAAGACCUAUCUGCAGUUGGGAGAGAAAUGCAUUUAAGAUCCAUUGUGAUGUUACAGAAAGACAGAGACAAGCCAAACAAAAAAGUGACUUUUAACUCUUCUUCCAUCAUUUUGAUCAUCACUAAUGAUGAAUCAUUAUCAGUGGGUGACAGUGACAGAACCAAUGGGUCAAAGUUUGAUGUAAUCCAAGCUCAUCCUUUAUAGGAUUGAAUAACAAUAAUGAAAGAUGGUAUUAAAAUCAGAUGCUACUUAGACUAUCAUUAAAAGGACCAUUUUGAAAUUCCCCAUUCUAUGUAAUAUUAACAGAACUUUUGUGAUUCAUAAGGAAAUAUGAAUUGCUCUUGGACUCUUUGACCUCAGGGAGUAAUUGAGCAAGACAGAUUCUUUUAAUUCAGUGGUUGCUUUAUACAAUGGAAAAUCACUUGUGGCACAAAGUGUGUAUCAGGCACCAUCAACUUCUAACAUGUCAGAAAUUUUCACUUUAAUGCAUAUUUUUCAAUGACUGAAUUUUCCAAAGGACAUAAUGUAUUUCUCAAAAAAAAAAAAAAGAAAGAAAGAAAGAAAGAAAGAAAUCCUUGGCAGUUAAAAUGACUUUGUUUCAUACACAUGUGUGAAAUUGCUAGAAAAUCUCGGAUUUUCUGUAGUGUUGGGCCCUAUUUAGUGUCAUGUCAAAUGUUUGCUCAAUCAAAUUUAUCAAAGAGGCAAUUGUAGGAUGAAAAAGAAAAUAAAUUCCUUAAUUUUAUGUGAAACCAAAGACUGUUGCUCUAUGUGUAACAUGAUAAAGAGGAGCUUCAGACAAAGUGUUGCUGAGCAACUUCUAGAAGAUACCAUUGCAAAGCAACACACAAGGGUUUCGCUGGUGGCUCAGAUGGUUAAAAGAAACACACACAUACACAAAUGAUGAAUUUCAAGGUGAUCAAGAUUUAUAGGCAAUCAUACAUUAGCAGUGGAUGUACAUGGUAAAGCUGGUGUUGAUGGAAGAUAGAUGUCUCCAUCUAUUUCAUUUCAAAUAUGAACAUAGUAGGAUUAGCCUCUCCUCCUAGUGAUUUCUCAUAAUUUUCCAAGAAUUCUAGAUUUAGAGAAAAGGUUCCAGCAGAAACCAAACAAAGCUACAUUUGAAGAAGAAUGAAGUAACUGUAGGGCUGUAUUCAUGAAAUGUGUUAUUUAAUCUUCAUUGCUUUUCAACAAAUCCACUGCAUAAAAAGUGGUCAGAGCUACUGAAGAGGCCAUUUUUUCAUAGUCAUUAUUUAGACUAAACAUGGAUUGUUAGGACUCAAGGAUUUCUUUGACAAUGUAGGAAAGUAAGUGAAUCAUUUCAUUUCCUAAUUUUUAUUUCUUACAUGACUAUUCUAGUGGUGUUGCAUCUUCAUAAUUAAUCACACUUGAAAGAAAGUGAAGUCGUUCAGUCAUGCCUGACUCUGCGACCCCAUAGAUAGUAGCCUGCACCAAGCUUCUCCAUCCAUGGAAUUUUCAAGACAAGAGUACUGGAGUGGGUUGCCAUUUCCUUCUCCAGGGAAUUGUCCCAACCCAGGGAUCGAACCCAGGUCUCUCACGUUGUAGACAGACGCUUUACCGUCUGAGCCACCACUUGAAAGACUGCUAAAUGAUCCAGUUGGCCUACUGAAGAAGGAAGAACCAAAAAAGCAUUCACUAAAUGAACUUUCUUGCUUUGUUUUUGAAGAAACAGAUUUAUUUUUUGUUUUCUCUGAAUUGUUCUUUAUUCUUGUAUUUCUAAAUCAUAUUUAAGUUGAUACUCUAAGUUAUAACAACCUAAGAUCAUGUAUAACAACAAAAACAAAUUCCAACUGUCAGUGCAAAUGAGAAUGUCUAUAUAAUUUAGAAAAGACAAAAGUUCUCCACAUAAAAAUUUAAGUUGUCUAAUUGCAUACAUUUCUUUAAAAUUGAGUGAUAUAGCUUGAAGGUACUUGGUGGAGAUUUUAGGAGGAAAAAAAAAAA